AUGGCUUCAAUAUCCCAGAAACCAAAGGUUUUAGCCAUAAGCUAUCCAGAAUACACCGACAAAGUCUACCUGGACGAUUUUACCUCCAAGUUUGAGCUUCAUGUGCUCAAAUCCACCGACCGGGCCGGCGCCAUUCCCGAGAUCGCCCAGCUAGCGUCAUCCUGCGGGCCAUUCGAUGCAGUCAUGGUUCGCAUGGGAAUUCUACCCUUCAAGCCAUUCAACGCUGAACUCUUCGGCCCUUUGCUCCCGCAUCUGAAGAUCAUCGCCGCUGCACCAGCUGGCUAUAAUGCGUUUGAUGUGGACUGGAUGACUAGAAAUAACAUCUGGUUUUGCAAUACGCGCAAUGCGGUCUGCGAAGCUACCGCCGACAUGGCCGUGUUUCUGGUCCUGGCAGUGUUGAAGAAUGCCGCUGUGGCAGAGCGGUCGGCCAGAGAAGGUAGAUGGAGAGGUUUGGUCCUUGCUCCGACCAUAGAUCCGAGGGGUUUGACGCUGGGCAUUGUGGGAAUGGGGAGCAUUGGGAAGGUGAGUACCUCUCGUCAAUCAUGGUUUUUUGAAUUCCGCCUGGUGAAGAGAAAUCAGGCUGUCGUGGAUAUGUCUUUGAGAUUGACUGAAAACUACCUCCCAACGAGGGAGAAAUUGGAAAUCGUAGCACUUGGCCAAAAAGGCACUGGCGUUUAA